AGAAGAAGAAGAAGAAGAAGAAGACAAAGAUGCCGACGAAGAUAUUCCAUAUGAUAAAGAAAUGAUAGAUAAUGAUGGGCAGGUUGAACUAGAAGAUGAUGAAAUACCUGAAGAGGUAACUUUCGAUGAUUUUGAAAUAUCUGCCAAGAUAAGAAGUAGACUAUCGAAGAGAAAAGCUCCUAUAAUCACAACCUCAAAUAAUUCGUCGGUUGAACAUAGUAAUUCAUUAGAUUUCAAUUCUUCCAAUAAUUCAAUUGUCAGAUCACCAACUGCACUGAUUGAAAUUGUAUCUUUAAUUUCGGAAUCUGAUGAAACAGAAGACUCCCAAAACACACCUAAUGAUAUCACUAUUCAACCGGUAGAAGAAAUUGACAUACCACAGACUAGAUCGAGUAUAAGACAUCUAAUGAGAUUGAAAAUGCAAUCCGAGAAUGCUCGCUCAAAUUCAAGAUCACCAACGGAAUUCAAUUCAUUUUCAUACUCGGACUCUCCUUCAAUACUGAUGCCGUCAUUAUCUCCUGGAACACAGUCACCUUCGUCAAGAAAUAAUAUAAAUAACAAUGGUAAUGGAAAAGCAAAACGAAAAGUUAGGAGUUCCAACUUCAGUCCAUUUAUACCAAAUCAACGAACUACAAUGAAGGAUCUUGAACAAAUGUUGGCUUCAAAUGAUACUGAAAAUAUUUCUGAAUCAAUAAAGGAUUCUGAUCCAAUCGAAGAAUCAUCUCAAGAAAAUAAAAUAAGUACUCCAAGUCCAACCAUUCGAUCAAGACCAUUUUCUUCACAAACUCGACCACGAGGACAAGUUACGAUAGACGAUUAUCGAAGCUUGAAUAGACAAGACAAUCCUCAUUCUUAUGUUCAACUAGAAAAUACUUUAGAGUUAGUAAAGACUCCUCCCAGAAGGCUUCGUUCUAGUCAAUCAUAUGCGGAGAAUGUUAUAGAUUCACAAGGUACACCGGCCAAGCAGAUUCUUUCGGGUCAAUCAAAUUAUGGAUCAUUUUCAAAUAGUAGUUCCAAUAGAAGAGUUUCUAUAUCACAGAGUCUUUCUCCAGUUGGAACACGAAAAAAUUCAGCAUUCGAACCUCAUGUAAAUCGUGGAUCUUUGGUAGGACUUGCAGGUGAGCUAACAUUUGUUGAUCCCGAUGUUGAUCAAGAUAGAUUUGAUUCUGAUUCAUUACCAUAUCAUCCAUCAGAAGCUAGUCAUAUUAAGCAACUACCUAAGAAAUUACCAAAAAAGAGAACAUCAUCUAGGUUAAAGAAUAAAUAUAAAAAAUCACAUGUCAAGGUUACCAAUAAUUCAAUUAGAGUAUUUGAAUCAGAAAGCGAGUCUGAUAGUGAAUACGAUAGUCAAUAUGAAAGUGGAGAUGAAAAUAACGUUGACUACGGCAGUGACAAUAAUUCAUCACCUUCGUAUGAUAUGGGACUAGACGAUAAAGAUGACGACAUAACCAUUACAGGAUCUGCUAAAGCUUCUUCUUUGGUGUCUUCUAAUAGCUUCAACAGUAGAAACAAACCGCGUAACAAGUUUGUUAAUAUCAAUGACGAUGAUGAUGAUGGCAUAGUCAGCAGCGAUGCGGCUGAUUCUAAUGGUGAUUUUAAUACUGAUCUGAAUUUUAUGACUACUAAAAUGGUGAUGUUGCAGAAAGUUAAUAAAAAGAGAAGAGAUGCGAGAAAGAGAAAGAAAAAUCGUUUAUAUAACAAAGAGAAGAACAAGAAGAAUGGUAACAAAUUGGCUAGUGAAGUUAUUGUGCCUAAUGAUAAUGACAAUUCUAAUCAACUGAAACCAAAUCAAAACAGAAGGAGACAUGAUACAAAGAUCACUGUCUCUAGUUUAAUCGAUUAAGCUACUUUAAUCUUUUCAUAGGAUCGGCAGCAUAAUUUGAUUGUGUUAUACGAACUUGCUAACUAAUUAUAGUUCAAGCAAGUACGUUUUUCGAUCUCAGCUAAUUGAAAAGCUUAGCAUAUUCAAAUUGUAUAAAUAUAGAUGUAAUAUAUAAUAAUUGUGUACU